GCCGCGGGGGGCUGCGCCAUCCCGGUGCCGCUGUGAGAAGUUGUGCGCCCUGCCCCGCGCCGGAGCGGCGCUGAGCUCCGGAGCGGCGCUGAGCCCCGGCGAGCCCCCCGCCGCCGCCGCCGCGAUGGUGCAGCAGACCAACACGGCGGAGAACACGGAGGCGCUGCUGGCCGCCGAGACCUCCGACUCCGGGGCCGGCAUCGAGCUGGGCAUCGCCUCCUCCCCCACGCCGGGUUCCACCGCCUCCACGGGGGGUAAGGCGGAUGACCCGAGCUGGUGCAAGACACCCAGCGGGCACAUAAAGCGGCCCAUGAAUGCCUUCAUGGUAUGGUCACAGAUCGAGCGGCGAAAGAUCAUGGAACAGUCCCCCGACAUGCACAACGCCGAGAUCUCCAAGCGCCUGGGCAAGCGCUGGAAGCUGCUCAAGGACAGCGACAAGAUUCCCUUCAUCCGGGAGGCGGAGCGGCUGCGCCUCAAGCACAUGGCGGACUACCCUGACUACAAGUACCGGCCCAGGAAGAAGGUGAAGUCGGGCAAUAGCUCCGCCAAGCCCGGCGACAAGGCGGACAAGGGCGGCGGGGGCGGCGCCGCCGGGGGCAGCGCGGGCGGCGGCUCCGGCGGCCCCGCGGCCCCCGCCAAGCCCGCCCCGAAGAAGGGCGGUGGUGGCGGCUCCAAGCCCUCCCCCGCGGGCGGCGGCGGCGCGGGCGCGGGCGGCAAGCCCCACGGCAAGGCGGCGGGGGGCAAGGCCGCCCCGUUCCCCGGGGAACCGUCGGCCGCGCUGCUGCCGCCCGAGCACCAGGCGCUCUACAAGCCCCGGGGGGCGGCAGGCGCGCCCUCGGGAUCCGGCAAGCCGCUCGCCGAGAAGAAGCUCAAGCGGGUCUACAUCUUCGGGAGCGGGCAGGCGGCGGCUGCCUCCGCCUCCCCCGGCGGCGCCGUGCCCGGCAGCCCCACGCUGAGCAGCUCGGCGGAGGCCGGCGACCCCUUGAGCCUCUACGAGGAGGGGGGCGGCGGCGCGGGCCGGCCCGACGGGGACUGCGGCGCCGUCGCCUGCCCCUCGCCCUCCGGCUCCGGCUCGCCGUCGGAUCACCGCAGCUACACCAGCCUGCGCGCCUCCUCCCCGGCCCCCUCGACGGCGCAUUCCUCCUCCGCGUCCUCCCACUCCUCCUCCUCUUCCUCCUCCGGCUCCUCUUCGUCGGACGACGAGUUUGAGGACGACCUCUUGGACCUGAAUCCCAGCCCCGGCUUUGAAAGUAUGUCCCUGGGCAGCUUCAGCUCCUCGGUGCUCGACCGGGACCUGGAUUUUAACUUCGAGCCUGGCUCGGGCUCGCACUUUGAGUUCCCGGACUAUUGCACGCCGGAGGUAAGUGAGAUGAUCUCGGGGGACUGGCUGGAGUCCAGCAUUUCCAACCUGGUCUUCACUUACUGAAGCGAGAGCCGGGCCCUGCAGGAGGAGGCACCGGCGCGCGUGGCUGUCGGCAGGACUCGCCCACCCCGCCGGGCGCUUUUUGUCUUUCUCUGUUUUGUUUGGUGUUUGUGU